CCGUUUUCAUCAACAUUAUUGAUAGUAGCUUAUGUUUAUCGCUUAUUUAGCACUAACAGCAACACUUCCGGUAAAAUUUGCAAUUUGAGUGAUUAAAUACACAGUUGCCAACUUGGUACGGGCAUGAUUGUUCUUUUGAUUCACUAUUAACGUCACCAGGAAAACAGUUCAUUGAUCGAUAUUAUUGUUUGCCCUAUGUCGAAGGUUCUUCCGCUCAUGAAUGGUAAUUUAUUUCCACUUAGCUUGAACAGGACAAGUACUAACGAACAGAUUUAAAAAAUAGUUGCCAGCUCUGUUGGGAUACCAGUGGCACUCUUAUGAUGAAACGACACGAGCGGAUAGGGUUUUUCCUCGUCACCAUGAUGAUGUGCCACUUGAGUCACUUGCGGAGUGGAAGCGUGUUAGGAUUCAACUACAACUCUAGAAGAUACGGGAGGAACGUCAUGCGAUCAUACGCUCUUGGUCAAACGCUCUGCAAUUGGUAUAAGGUGCCAACUGUUAUCAACUCAGUGCAAUACUAUGGCCGAUCGAAGAGGGGUUUCAGUUACGGUGCAUCAGGAAUCUACAAUACUCGUUGGUGGGAAAAUUAUAAUCUGGACUUUGACGAUGAGGAUUACUACGACUACUACUACAAUUAUGAGUACGAAAGUCCCUCGGCCGAGACAUACGUCGAUGUGAGUUCGGAUUAUUAUUACGAUGUGCAACGACGGCCACAGAAGACGUCAUAUUGGAACAUGAGAAAUACGUUUUCGUCGUUCUAUGGUUACAAUAACCUUAAUGGUGGAUCCAGCUGUUUGAAUUGUUGCUGUUCGGAAACACCGGCGCAGAAUGCGAAAUCAUUGUUAAAUUUAUUCAUGGGAAUAUAUAAAAGAAAAUAGUACAAAUACA